AUGACAUCCAUAGGCGCAAAACGAAAGACAUCUGAUCAAGAACACCAAGACGACAUUACACCAACAUGCACCAUUUGCCUCCAAGGCUACUCCAACAGAACGUUUCUUCGGCCAUGCUAUCACUCAUUCUGUUUCUAUUGCAUUCGGCAUUGGAUAAACAUUGCUUCGUCAGUGUGCCCGAUAUGCCGGCAGUCUAUUCAUUCAUUAGUGUACAACAUAGACGACGAAGAAAACACAUUUGACGAGUACUAUCUCAAAGACAAGGGAAACAGGAAACAGCACGAUCCACCGCUGUACAAGAAAAAGUAUACUUCGCCAGAAGAAAGACUACGGAUUGAACGAAGAAACGUAUACAAAGGCAUGAUGCAACCUGACAGAUAUCCUGAUCCACUGCCUCGGCAUGCUGAUUUUACAGUCAUCACGCCCGAAUACAUACCAAGAGCUCGAAUAUUUCUGCAAAACGAGUUGAAAAUCAUUGUGGGCGUAGACGCAUAUGAUGACUUCCUGCAAGAUCACUUUGUAAAGAUACUAUUAAUACCCUACCAGCAGCAUUUGAAUUCCAUGUUUGAUGAUGAGCAUGUCAUUCAAAGCCUGUCUGAAUGGCUGGACGACGAUAAGCAAGUAGCAACGAGGCUGCUGAAUGAACUCAUAGCUUACUUGAAGUCUGGUCUAUCAUACAAGCAUUUUAUUUCUUCUGCAACAUACAAAUAA